GGAGGCUUUGAAUAUUGCGGCACAGCGAGCUGUCCUCAUUUCAUCCUGAACGCUGACUACCACCCACGAUAAAGUCCUUCUUUCCUUUCAGAAGUCAACUCUUCCCACUUACUGAACUCGAUCAUCGCUUGUAACGUUCGUCAUGAGGUCUAAAUUCAAGGAUGAGCACCCGUUUGAGAAGCGCAAGCAGGAGGCUGAACGCAUCAGACAGAAGUACCCUGACCGUAUUCCUGUAAUUUGUGAGAAGGCCGACCGAACAGACAUUCCUACCAUCGACAAGAAGAAGUAUCUUGUACCUUCAGAUUUGACAGUCGGGCAAUUCGUCUACGUCAUCCGGAAGCGCAUCAAGCUUGCACCAGAGAAGGCCAUCUUUAUCUUCGUUGACGAGGUUCUCCCACCGACGGCAGCUCUUAUGAGUGCUAUUUAUGAGGAGCACAAGGAUGAGGAUAAUUUCCUUUAUGUCAGUUAUUCGGGCGAGAAUACGUUUGGGCAGGAGGGGUGGAUUGAACUAUAAGCACGCAUUCGACGGCACAUGUUCAGUCGUAGUUGGUGCCCCCGGAGAGCCAUAGAUCGUCCUGGGCAGGAGGCGUCUGGUCUUGUCUCGAAAGUUUUAUCAACGUCUUCAUCUCCAUACCCUUUUCCUAUGCCCGCUUUGCUCAUAGUCUGUACUCUAGUUGUUACUUUUGGCUCGGUUGCCUUUGGUGUCUCAAAUUGAAUUGAUGGCACCUGUACAUGGAUAAUUAUAUUUCAUUCAUUCUA